AUGUUGAGAUCAAAAGUUAUUCCACAAGUUUUGCAACAAGCAAUCACUUCAAAUGAUGUCAAAGCUGUAUUGUUGAUGAAAGAUGAUGGUUCAUUGAUUUCAUGUGCAGAGGCACCAAAUUGCGACCACAACAUCUCAAAGAUUGUCUCUGCCAUUUCAUCGAGUAUUUUCACUACAUAUCAACGUGAUGACGAUUUACAGUUUCAAUUGAUCGAUUGUGAAGAUGGUAGAUUCAUGGUCACCAGAGUAGCAAAGUUAUUAUUAUGUAUAUACAGUGAUGCUUCAACUGAAUUUGGUUUAUUGAAAUUAAAGGCAGAGAAAUUACGUGAAUAUUUAGAGGAACCACUUUCACAAGUUGAACAUGUAGAUGGAUUCAGAGCAGCAGGUGUUUUGUUGUAUUGUUUAACGGAUAAUAAUAAAGUUAAAUUAUUAUUAGCACUCAAAAACAGGAUACAAGAAGGGAACACUGAGAGCUCACUAGGCUAUCUGCCCUUUGGUGGAAAAAGAGAGAAGAAUGAAUGUGGCUCUGACACAGCAUCUAGAGAGUUCAAUGAAGAGACUGCUUUAAUUUUCAAUGAAAGGAUUGAGGAGAUCAAGAGCAAACUCAAAGAACCAAUUCCUUUCAAUACAGGCUACUUCUUAUACCCAUUAGAGAUAAACUACAACGCUGAACUUCCACAACUAUAUGAAUCUGCAAGAGAGACUCUAAAAAACAACGAAUCAAAAAUGUUUAAACAUGUAAAAAAAAUUGAAAGAAUAGAAUGGAUAGAUCUAGAUGAUAUAGAUAAGAAGAAUUUAGCCAGUCUCUUCAAAAAAAUGAUAGGAGAAAUUAAAAGAGUAUUGACUGAUAAAAUUCAAACAGGGGUUAGAAAUCCAAUUGAUAUUAUAGGCAACAAACAACAAAACUAG